AUGAUUGGCAGUGAAGUCUUUGUUACGAGUUUGAGUCAGAAUCUGACAGCACAAACUGAAUAUACAGGCCCUUGUAGCUAUCACUGUUCAAUGCUACACAUUCCGAGUCCAACGGCUCAUGUAGAACACAAGAUUGAUGCAAACAAAGGAGUAGAAGACCUUAAUAUAACUGUCAAUAUCUAUGUUGCAGAUGAAAGCAGUGUUGAUUCUCACUGUGGCUGCUGCAGCAGCAGCUCAGUACUACGGCACCUACGGACAUGGUGGAUAUGUGCUGGUCCACUUGCCAGUAAACUUGUAGGCGGUGGUCACAUUGGAGGUACAAGUGUUGGUAUUGGCGGUGGUCUUGGCGUUGGCGGUGGUCUUGGCGUUGGCGGUGGUCUUGGCGUUGGCGGUGGUCUGGUCGGUGGGUACGGAAAGGUGGACUUGAGUGUUGGUGAGAGCGACUACCACUUCUCGUGGCGUCACGACGGAGGCAAGAAGUAUGACUGGCAUACUGCUAACUAUUACUGCUCCAGUCUGGGCAAGGGAUGGCAGGGCGUCAGCAUUGAGACUCCAGAAGAGGACAAAAUCAUCUCAGGCAUCAUCUACAAAGACAAGCUGGAGUACAUCUGGACUGGUGGUUACCGUAGUGGCUACGACUUCGCCUGGCCUUCUGGCUAUCCCUUCUACGGAAUUAACUGGUCUUACACUGGCAGUGAGGGAUUACCUCAACCAGACAACGCUGAGGAAGGGAAGGAGUUCUGUCUGGCAGUUCUUAACAAUUUCUACAACGACGGCAUCAAAUGGCACGACUUUGCUUGCUACCACCCAAAGGCCAUCAUCUGCGAGCGUCCCGCUUACAAGCUCUAUGGCUGA